AGUUGAUUUAUACUUGUUCGGACUUGAAACGAAAUAGUAGUAGUUGUUAUGGUAUAUGUUCCUCCUUCUUCCUCACUCUCUUUCAGGAAGACUGCUUAUUCCAAAAUUUGAGCUUAGCAAUACAUAUAUUAUGCCUUCUAUUUAUUACCUAAGACUAUUUUCCGCAAUCUUGUAGCACAUUGACACUGGUAUAGAGGGUUGGUGUACCAUACUGCAACGACAAAUCCUUUCUGAGAGUUAUGGCGAACUAUGUUGCUCGGACUCUCCGAAAAUUUCGAUGGGUGCAUGUCGGCAGCUGUUUUGGAGAGUCCGAACCACAUAGAUGGCGAAAGGCAAUAACUGCACUGAAGAAGGGCGCGCAUCUAUUGACGUAUGGUAGAAGAGGGAAGCCCAAAUUCUGCCCUCUGAGGUUAUCCACGGACGAAAAGUUUUUGAUUUGGUACUCAGGUGAGAAGGAAAACCAACUGAGGUUAAGUGCUGUCACAGAUAUCAUCCGUGGCCAAAACACUGUAAUUCAACAGAAACAACUUCAGGCUGAUAUGGAAAGUCAGUGCAUUUCUUUAAUAUAUGGAAAUGACGACCACACUCUUGAUCUGAUUUGCAAGGACGAAAUGCAGGCUGAGACAUGGUUUCUAGGAUUGAAAGCUGUAAUAUCUCGAAGUCGGCAUGGAUUGGUGGACGAUAUGAAAAGCGAAAGAAGAGCACAAAGUUGCAUCCUUAGUCCAGUAGGUUAUAUGCGGAGGAAACAUAAUCUUGGACUUUCAGUGAAGAAAACCCGAUCUUCUCAGGUUAGCAGCUUAUCAGGGAGUCCCACUCAAUCAUUUUCAGAAAACUAUUCGUCUGAUGGGUUAUCAUGUUCCUCCAACAUCCUUUUUCCGCCAAGUCUAUCAAGUGUACACAAUGAAAUGGAUAACGUUAUCACAAAUUCGUCGUCUUUGGAACCAGACUAUCUAAGCCAGAAAAGAGCAUCUUGUGAUGGCACUGAUAUCCACAAUGAUAUGCUUACUCCAUCGGUUCCGUCCACUCAUAAGUCAGGACUACUAGGAAAACAUGUUUUAAGGGAUGUUUUUAUUUGGGGAGAAGGAGCUGAAGGAGGAUGCUUGGGGGAUGGGGAAGUAAAGUCGGAUGCUUUAUUACCCAAACUUCUUGAGUCUACUUUGAUGCUUGAUGUACAAACAAUAUCAAUAGGGAGAAGUCACGCUGCCAUAGUCACCAAACAAGGUGAAGUGUUUUGCUGGGGUGAAGGAAAGAAUGGAAGACUUGGACAUAAACUUGAUAUGGACACUGCAUGCCCAAAAAUCGUCGACUCCCUUAACGGAGUUCAUGUAAAAUCUGCCAGUUGCGGUGAAUACCAUACAUGUGCCUUGACAACAUCAGGUCAACUCUAUACAUGGGGUGACAAUUCUAGUGCUGAUUUAGUUGGUGCAGAAAAGAUGAAGAGGAGCUAUUGGCUUCCAAACAGAGUUUGUGGUUCUUUGGAUGGUGUGAAAAUAUCUUACAUUGCUUGUGGGGAAUGGCACACAGGAAUUGUGUCAACAUCUGGACAAUUGUUUACUUAUGGAGAUGGAACUUUUGGUGUUCUUGGUCAUGGGAAUCUCCAAAGCGUGGCUCACCCAAAAGAAGUUGAGUCCCUUAGAGGUCUGUGGGUGAAAUCAGUUGCAUGUGGACCGUGGCAUACAUCUGCAGUAGUGGAAAUCUCUGUUCAUUACCUUAAAUUCAAUAAUCCAGGCGGGAAGCUUUUUACAUGGGGUGAUGGGGAUAAAGGAAGACUUGGUCACUCUGAAGAUAACAGAAAGCUUUUACCAACAUGUGUAGCUAAACUUGUGGAUCAUGAUUUCAUUCAAGUUGCCUGUGCAAACACCUUAACCAUUGGGCUGUCUGCCGAAGGAAAGGUUUAUACAAUGGGAAGUUCGGUGCACGGGCAGCUGGGUAAUCCAAAAGCCAAAGAUAAAUCAGUAGUGAUGGUGCAAGGGAAACUUAAAGACGAGAUUGUUACAGAGAUCUCCUCGGGAUCUUAUCAUGUUGCUGUGCUUACAUCUAAGGGAAAUGUCUACACAUGGGGUAAAGGUUCAAACGGACAGUUGGGAUUAGGUGAUACGGAAGAUAGAAACUGCCCAACCUUAGUUGAGGCUCUAAGAGACAGGCAAGUGGAACAUAUUGCUUGUGGAUCAAAUUCUACAGCAGCGAUAUGUUUGCAUAAAUCUAUAUCAAGUAGUGAUCAAUCAGUUUGCAGAGGAUGUGGCACGACUUUUGGGAUUACAAGGAAGAAGCAAAAUUGUUAUAAUUGUGGUCUUUUAUUUUGUCGUGCAUGCUGCAGCAAGAAAACCAAAAAUGCAUCUUUGGCCCCAGACAAAACUAAAGCUUCUCGUGUAUGUGAUCCAUGUUUCUGCCAACUGCAAAGGAUUGUUCAAUCAAGCAGACCACCCAAGACACCAAAGCAUAGCCCGAGACCGCUAUUGAUAACUCAGAAGACAUCUAUUAAUGUCAAGGAAGAGGUGGAAGAGUCAAAUAGUAUAUCAAGACGAAUGAUGUCAACAAGAAAGUAUUUUAGUGAGAACAGUCAAUGCUGUGACCGGAGGGCCGUAAACAAUUUAGGGGAAAGUAAGCAGUGCUUAGACCCCAUUGAUUCUUUGUUGGAUAGCUUUCCAAGAUGGGGACCAGUUCCUUGUUCUAAAAUCUUUAGAAGAGGAAGUGGACACACGAGAACUCAUGAUAUUCGUGUUAGAAAUUCACGGGUUUCAGCUUCCCCAACUCAUUUGAAGGUUCCUCCAGAACCAAAAGUUGUGUGUUCAACUGCGCUAACUAUGGAGGAAAAAUUGUCAGAAUCAGAUAAAUUGCUCCUUGAAGAACUUUCCAAUCUAAGAACUCAGAAAAUGUCAGCUCUUUACGCUAGAAGAGAAACUAACAAUCAGGCUGCUGUCGAUGUGGUCGAUAGCAAAGUUGAUAGCCUAUUGAGUUCUCCAAUUGUAUUUUCCAAUAAGUUAAGAUCCUUAUAUAACAAAGAACACUGUGCUGAUGAAUGGGUGGAACAAUACCAGCCUGGGGUCGACGUCACAUUGACAAUAUUGCCAAGUGGGAAUAAGGGACUCAAGCGAGUCAGGUUCAGUGGGGGAAAGUUUACUACGAAGGAAGCAAAGAAGUGGUGGGAAGAGAACCAGCUAUUCGUCUACCGAAAAUAUGAUGUUGACGGAUAUACGAAUACGAACCAACAUAUGACGAAGAAUUAGAAGUGUUAUACAGGUUUCCUUCGUAAGUAGUUCAUGCUAAUUGAAGCAUUCUAUCAGUCAAAGAUUUAGAUGUGUUUGAAGGAAGGAAGCAGUUUUGUCUUGUCCAUAUAUAUAUAUAUAUAUAUGUAUGUA